UGUAUGUGGUUCACAUAACACACGCCUCUUGUUUACAGGCUUCCCGAGUAGUGGCUCAUAGACCCAUGUCGAGUUGCAAGCAGAAAGCAAACACAAGACAAGAAGCACUGUCCUGGAAAGAAAGAGAAAGAGAAACUUGGGGCCGGGCAACGCGUUCGGGAGGCGUUUGUCCCUCGGCGGCACCCUUAGCCGGGGAGGGCGCGCGGCACUUGUUUUGGUGAGACGGUGCUGACGGCAGAGAGAGGAGGGCCUCGCGCCGGCGGAGUCCGGCCUCAGAGCAGCAUGUGAGGACGGGAAGCGGAGGAGGACGCGCCAUGGCCUCGGUUAAGGUGGCCGUCAGGGUCCGGCCCAUCAACCGCAGGGAGAAGGAUUUUGAUGCUAAGUUUAUAAUUUCAAUGGAGAAAAACAAAACAACUAUUACAAAUGUGAAGAUACCUGAAGGAGGAACUGGAGAUUUGGGAAGGGAACGGACAAAAACAUUUACAUAUGAUUUCUCCUACUUCUCAGCUGAUCCUAAAAGUCCAAACUAUGCGUCUCAGGAAAUGGUGUUUAAGAAUCUUGGCACUGAAGUCCUCAAAUCUGCUUUUGAAGGUUAUAAUGCUUGCAUUUUUGCAUAUGGACAAACUGGAUCUGGAAAGUCAUAUACAAUGAUGGGAAAUGCUGGAGAUGUUGGAUUAAUACCUCGGAUUUGUGAAGGUUUAUUCAACAGAAUAAACGAGAAAACAAGAUGGAGUGAAGCUUCAUUUCGAACAGAAGUCAGUUACCUGGAAAUUUACAAUGAACGUGUCCGAGACCUGCUGAGGCGCAAAUCUUCAAAAACUAACAAUUUGAGAAUUCGUGAACAUCCAAAAGAAGGGCCUUAUGUAGAAGACUUGUCUAAACACUUAGUACAAAAUUAUACUGAUGUAGAAGAACUUAUGGAAGCAGGAAACAUAAAUCGGACCACUGCAGCAACUGGAAUGAAUGAUGUUAGCAGUAGAUCCCAUGCUAUUUUCACAGUCAACUUCACUCAGGCCAAGUUUGAUGCUGAAAUGCCAUGUGAGACUGUCAGCAAAAUACAUUUAGUGGACCUUGCUGGGAGUGAGAGAGCUGAUGCCACUGGUGCUACAGGUGUCAGAUUAAAAGAAGGAGGGAAUAUUAACAAAUCCCUGGUUACUCUAGGAAAUGUUAUUUCUGCCUUAGCUGAUUUAUCUCAGGAUGCCUCAAACCCUCUUACCAAGAAGAAGCAAGUAUUUGUGCCUUACAGAGAUUCCGUUUUGACAUGGCUUUUGAAAGAUAGCCUAGGAGGAAACUCUAAAACAAUAAUGAUUGCAACUAUUUCACCUGCUGAUAUCAAUUAUGGAGAAACCUUAAGCACCCUUCGUUAUGCAAACCGAGCUAAAAACAUAAUCAACAAGCCUACCAUUAAUGAAGAUCCAAACGUCAAGCUAAUUCGUGAGCUUCGAGCUGAGAUAGCCCGACUGAAAACUCUGCUUGCUCAGGGGAAUCAGAUUGCCCUUCUGGAUUCACCAACAGCAUUAAGUAUGGAAGAAAAACUUCAGCAAAAUGAAGCAAGAGUUCAAGAGCUUACCAAAGAAUGGACCAACAAGUGGAACGAAACGCAAAAUAUUCUAAAAGAGCAGACAUUGGCUCUGAGAAAGGAAGGCAUUGGUGUUGUGUUAGACUCUGAACUUCCUCACCUAAUAGGCAUUGAUGAUGAUCUUCUUAGUACAGGUAUCAUCUUGUAUCACUUGAAGGAAGGUACAACACAUGUUGGCAGAGAAGAUGCUGCAACAGAACAGGAUAUUGUGCUUCAUGGCCUCGACUUGGAAAGUGAGCAUUGCAUCUUUGAACACUUGAAUGGAACAGUUAAUUUAAUACCACUCAGUGGAGCACAGUGUUCUGUAAAUGGAAUUCAAAUUGCAGAAGCCAUGCAACUCAACCAAGGUGCAGUAAUAUUACUUGGCAGGACAAAUAUGUUUCGUUUCAAUCAUCCCAAAGAAGCAGCCAAAUUGAGGGAAAAAAGAAAGAGUGGACUACUUUCUUCCUUCAGCUUGUCCAUGUCAGAUCUUUCAAAAUCUUGUGAAAAUCUCUCGGCAGUUAUGCUUUUUAAUCCAGGCCUUUUCCCCGUAAAAGGACCAAUCUGUCUCAGAUUAGAAUUUGAGAGACAGCAACGAGAGGAACUAGAAAAAUUGGAAAGUAAAAGAAAGCUGAUAGAAGAAAUGGAAGAAAAACAAAAAUCUAACAAAGCUGAGCUGGAAAGAAUGCAACAAGAAGUAGAGUCUCAGCGUAAAGAAACAGAAAUAGUUCAGCUCCAAAUCCGAAAACAAGAGGAAAAUCUUAAAAGGAAAAGCUUUCAUAUAGAAAGUAGGAUGAAAGACUUGUUGGCAGAAAAAGAAAAAUUUGAAGAAGAGAGACUACGUGAACAGCAAGAAAUUGAAUUUCAAAAAAAGAAGCAAGAAGAAGAAGUUUUUUCUCGAGUUACAGAAGAACUUCAGCGAUUACAAGAGCUCAAUCAGAAUGAGAAAGCAGAAAAAAUGCAGAUUUUCCGAGAACUGGAAAAGCUUAAAAAUGAAAAAGAAGAACAAUAUGUCAAAUUAGAACUGGAAAAAAAGAGACUGGAAGAACAGGAAAGAGAUCAAGUACUGCUGGUGACAAACUUAGAAGAGCAGCUUAGGGACAAACAAGUCAUGAUACAGCUGCUCAAAAGAGGAGAUGUUCAAAGAGUUGAAGAUGAGAAGAAGGACCUUGAAGACAUCAAAGAAUCUCUCUUGCGAGUCAAAGAAGCCAGAUCUGAAGAUAAUGAAGACUGUGAAGAGUUAGAAAAGAUACAGCACAAUUUUAUGGAUUUUAAGAGAAAACAGCUAGAACAGCUAACUGGCUUGGAGAGAGACUUGGUGCAACAAAGGAAUCAUUUAGAAAAAGAGAUAGCUGAUGAACGCGAAAACCUGGAUCCUUUAAAACACUCCUAUACACAGCACUUACAUCUUGAGAAAAAUGAUGGAAGCAUACUGGAUACUGCCUUAGCAGUUGAAGAAUGUAACAAAAUAAAAUCAGCUGAGUAUAGGGCGCAGUAUAAAGAACGGCAGCUCCUGUUUCUGAUGAAUAAUCAUUUGCCAGCUUUAUUGGAAGAAAAGCAAAAGGCCUGCGAAAUACUUGAUCGAGGCUUCCAAAGCUUGGACAAUACUCUUUAUGAAGUUGAGAAAGAGUUAGAAGAAAAGGAAGAACAGCUUGCACUGUAUAAGGACAGUGCGAGCCAGCUACAGCAGCUUCAAGAAACAUUUGAAUUCACGGCCAAUGUGGCUCGGCAAGAAGAAAAAGUGAGGAAAAAGGAAAAAGAAAUUCUAGAAUCAAGACAGAAGCAGCAGCGAGAGGCUCUGGAGCAAGCAGUAGCCAAGUUAGAAAGACGGCACUCGGCAUUGCAACGUCAUUCUACCAUCGAGAUUGAAGAGCAGAAACAGAAGCUUGCAACUCUGAACAGCAGUUGCAGUGAGCAGGCCGGCUUGCAAGCUACACUGGAGGCAGAACAGAAAGCAUUGGAGCAAGACCGAGAACAUUUGGAUUUACAAAUAGAGCAGUUAAAGCAGACAAUAUAUGAAGAGGGUGGUGCUGAAAAGGGGUCUUCUGGAGCCAUAGAAGAGAGACAUCCUCCGGUUUAUAAUGUUACGAAAUCUCAACCCCAUUUCAUUCCAUUAGUAGAUGACGGAAUAAAUGCUUUUAUUGAAGAGGAAGUUCAAAGACGCCUUCAAACUUUUCACUGCAGCUCUGGUGAGAACAAUUGCACGCUGUCACAUUCUACAGAACUUAUAAAGAGUAACGAGAAAUUUCAUAAUGGUACUGUUCAACGCAAGUUGAAGUAUGAGCGAAUGAUCUGUCGCUCUGGUAAAACAAACCCAGAUGACCUAAAGAAUCCAGUCAAAAUUAGUAUUCCACGCUAUGUCCUUUGUGGGCAGGGAAAGGAUGAGCAUUAUGAAUAUGAAAUAAAGAUUUCAGUCCUCGGUGAGACAUGGACAGUAUUUAGGCGAUACAGUCGUUUUAGAGAAAUGCAUCAAACAUUAAAAUUAAAAUACCCAGAGCUGACAGAGUUAGAGUUUCCUCCCAAGAAACUCUUCGGAAAUAAGGAUGAACGAGUCAUUGCAGAGCGCCGGAAUCACUUAGAGGCUAAAUAUUCCCAGCUCUUUAAGCUGCUCCUCAGAGGGCAAUCCUUCCAUGUUAUUUCUGCAACAGAAAUACCUCAGAAACUUCUUCAGUAUAAUGCUUGAUUCCCCAUCAUCUCCCCUGCAUGUAAGUAAAGAAGACCUGGCUCUUUCCAAACAUGCUAUCUGUGAAUUCUCAUCAUUCUUCAAGAAAGGUGUAUUUGACUACAGCAGCCAUGGCACUGGCUAACAGUUGGGGGCUCUUUUCCUCCUUGAAGAAGAAACUCUUGUUUUCAUUUUGCAUCAAAUCGUUUUGCAUCCCUGGAAGACUUUCACUAGAAAUACUGUUAAAAGCAAUUUUAAAACAUUUACUCUGUCCAGAACCUGCUUUGUUUUCCACAACAGAAGUUGGAUACAGCUGGCCACUCUGGGCUGCUUUGAAACCAGAUUCAACUUAUCCAGUUUGGCUCCAACUCAACAACACAAGUUCUUCCUUGCACAGGUUUCCUGUUAGUCUUCCAUUCGCAGAUAUCUUUCUUAGCACAGAUGCCAACUGAUUCUUAACGAAGUUUCUUGGUUUUGUUUUGUUCCAAUUUUUUUAGACUGGAUUUAUGCAUAGAUGGUGUACAUCCAUCUUAAGAAUUGCACUCCCAUCUAUUUGAUCCUGUCAAUUUCCUCUUCUGAAUAUUAAAUCAUGUUAAUGUUUACAAAAUAAAUACUGCAAAGGAUUUCCAUUUCCUUAAGUCUUUCACACUUGGUAAAGGAAAUCUUUGCUGUCGAUUUAGAAGAAGAGGAAAUGGCAGCUAUUUCUACAAAGUGUCCUUUCCACGUUUUCUGGUUCCACAGAUUGUAAUUAUGUACCAUGAUGUAUUACUUAUGUGCUUAAGAAAUGCAGCAUGGAAUCUUAGCUUCGCAGAUAUUUCCUAUGGUAAAGGCAUAAGACUAUGACAUGAACUGAUCCUUUGUUGCAAAAAUAGGAAUUAAAGAUUUGUUAAUGCGCUUUAAGUUUUCCUCAGGGCUUGUGUAGGAUUGCACAUGUAUAGAGGGAACAGCAUACAUUUUGUAGAAGUACAAACUGAAAAACAUAUUGUGACCUACAGUGGAGGCAUGUACAUAUUCUGUACAUAAUAAAGGUUUGUAAAAAGCAAAA